AUGACUGAUCGAGUCUUCCCAGCUUCCAAGCCAGCAACCGCCACUAAUGGAGUUUCCUCAGGUGGUGCCUUAGCACCUCCUCCAGCUCCGGUGGCUGUUAACGGUAACGGAACAUCCAACGGAAUGGCUAAUCAGAAACCACAAGUCUAUAUUCCGGCUAACCGUCCAAUUUACCGUCCACAGCCUUACAGUCGUCACCAUCACUACCAAUCUCGACCAAGCUGCCGGCGAAUUUGCUGUUGUUGCUGUUUCUGGUCGAUUCUGAUCUUCUUGAUCCUUGCUCUCAUAGCCGCCAUCGCCGCAACCGCGAUGUACGUGAUCUACCACCCGCGUCCGCCGUCUUUCUCCGUUCCAUCGCUUCGAAUCGGCCGCGUUAACCUAACCACCGCAUCAGAUUCCUCCGUCUCCCACCUCUCGUCUUUCUUCAACUUCACUUUACUCUCGGAGAAUCCCAACCAGCACCUCACUUUCUCUUAUGAUCCCUUCAGCGUCACCGUCAACUCCGCGAAAUCCGGCGCGAUGCUCGGGAACGGAACCAUCCCGGCGUUCUUCAGCGGGAAUAAGAACAAGACGUCGUUUCGCGGCGUGAUCGCGACGUCUACGUCGGCGCGUGAGCUGGAUCCGGAGGAGACUAGGCAUCUGAAAUCAGAUCUGACGCGCCCGCGAGUGGGAUUCGAGAUCCAGAAGUUGUUCAAGCUCUGUUUAGGGACUCUGACAGUUAUGGUGAAGAUGAGUCUGAUGUACACGACGAUGUAA